AUGUUAUACAAAACUCAGCUCUGUUCGUUUUAUGCUAAGGGUAUAUGUGCUCGAGGAAGUAAAUGUAGUUGGGCUCAUGGGCAGUCAGAUGUAAGGCCUAUGCCGAAAUUUUAUAAGACUCGAAUGUGCUACACGUUUCUAUCGGGCAGUUAUUGUGAAGCCUCAAAAUGCACCUUUGCCCACACUGAAGAUGAAUUACGAGGUUCAGGAAAAGCUUUGAGACUGUGUACUAAAUUUUUCUUGGAUGGUUAUUGUAACAAAUCUGAUAAGUGUCCUAUGGCUCAUCACAUUAGUCAAUUGGACCCUUCAGUAAAAUUUACAGCUAGCGAAUUGAUGAACAGAAUGUCCAACAAUGAAGAAACUUCAUGUCAUAAAGAAAAUGGAGAUACACAAGAAAAUGAGGAUAAUAAUAUAUAUUUAAAAAAUGAUACAUACAAAAAUGACGAAAAUAACGUUGAUAUGGACUAUAGUAUGAUGAACAAUUUUAAUGAUAAUAAUUUAAGAGAUUCUAAAAAUAAUUACAAAAAUGUUCUUAUGGAUAGCAAUCAAGAAUAUGACUAUAUGACAGAAAUUAAGGUUCCCCAGUCUGCUAACGACGAACUUCUUAUUAAUCAUGAUGCAAUAAUGGAAUGUGGAAAAGAAGUGGUAAAAAAUAAUCAACAUAUGAAAAGUAAAAAUAAUCUUAUGAUCAGAAAUGAAUAUACACCGAACCAAGGAAAACUAAUUAUGAAUGAAAACGACAAAUAUGAUGAAUACAUAAUAAAUCAAGACGUUUUAAAAAUAAAUAACAUGAAAGCUUGCGACUAUUAUAAUAAAAUAAAUGAAAAUAUCCAUCCAAUUGAUUAUAUUAUGAAUAGUGAAAUUGUUGAUGAAAGAGAAAAGAAAAUUAACCAUAACCAAGAAUAUGUAUACAAUAAAAAUGGAGAACCUAUUGAUACAUAUGACAAUUAUGAAAUUUGUAAAAACUAUAAGCUUAUAAAUAAAAAUAGAUUUAUAAAUAAUGAGUAUUAUAAAAAUGGUAUUGUUACAUUAGAACAGAAUAUACAAAAUGUGGAAGGUACAACUUAUGUAGGUAGUAAUUGUCUAUCCACUAAUUGUGUAAGUCAUUGUUUGGCUAAUCACUGUUUAGGAAAUCAUUGUGUAGGUAAUAAUUGUUUGGCUAGUAACUAUUUGGCUAGUAAUUGUUUGGCUAGUAACUAUUUGACUAGUAACUGUUUGGCUAGUAACUGUUUGGCUAGUAACUGUUUGGCAAAUAAUUGUAUAAAUAACAAUUGUGUAACAAAUAGUUGUAUAAAUAACAAUUGUGUAACGAAUAGUUGUAUGAAUAACAAUUGUGUAACUAAUAAUUGUAUGAAUAAUAAUUAUUUGAAUAAUAAUUAUAUGAAUAACAAUUGUAUGAGUAAUAAUUAUAUGAAUAACAAUUGCAUGAGUAAUAAUUAUAUGAACAGCAAUUGCAUGAAUAAUAAUUAUAUGAAUAGCAAUUGCAUGGGUAAUCAUUAUAUAAGAAAUCACUGUACCGGAAACAAUUGUAUAGGGAAUAAUAUAUAUUCUGGUGGUUAUAACACCUUACGUAAUUAUAUUUCUAAUAAUAAUAAUAAUAAUAAUAGUAGUAGUAAUAAUAAUAGUAAUAGUAACAAUAAUAAUAAUAAUAAUGUGUAUAAUUACAGCAGUGUUAAUAAUUUAAAUAAUGUUGACAAUAUGAAUAAUUCAAGAAAAAUGAUACAACAUAAUAUAUCAUCUAAUAUGGGUUGUACUAUGAAGAUAAUAAAUAAAGGAGAAAAAAAUGAUAUACAUAUAUGUGGAGAGAAAUAUAUAUAUAAUAACAUAAAACAAAAAAAAGAUACUUUAGAAAAUUCUCUUCAAGAUGAGCAUGUGGUUACAUAUGAUGGUUGUAAAAAUGUCUUAAGUAAUAUAUAUCAUGAAAAUAGUGUUGUUCAUUUUAAUAAAGGAAAUGAGAGUGUGGAAAUCUUCGAAGAAAUGAAUAAUAACAAUAUUAACAAUAAUAUUAUUAACAAUAAUAACAAUAAUAACAAUAAUAACAACAAUAAUGAUAAUAAUAUUAUACAUUAUUCAUACAAUAAUCAUAACGAUUUCAAUGAUAUCAACAGACAAGAUAAUAAUGGAGACAACAAAGAAAAUCAUAAAAAUAUGCAUAUGAAUAAUAACUGUUUUUAUUAUAAUAAUAAUAAUAAUUAUUAUUAUCAUCAUUGUCAUAACAAUAUAUCUAAUGAAAAAGACAUUUACAAAAAUGACAAGAAAAAUAUCGAAAAAAAAAAUAAUACAAAUGAAAAUAUCCAAAUGAAUAACCUAAUAUAUAACAUGAGUAAAAUGUCACUUAAUAAUAUAAAUAGUCAUAUGAACAACAGGAAUAGAAGAUUAACUACAUGUCUUCCUAUAGAACAGAAAACAUUUAUUAAUUCUUAUCAUAUGAAUAAUAAGAAUGCUGAAAAAAAUAUACAUAACUUGUUAAAUGUUAAUAUACAAGAAGAUGAACAGGAUGAAAAAAAUGUGGCUACAAAUAUAGAGCAUUAUAAAGAAGAUAUAUCUCAUAAUAACCAAUAUAAUAAUAAUCAUAAUUAUUAUUAUUAUAAUAAUUCAGAGGGAGAUUUAAAAAAAUAUUUUAUUUUAAAUAAUAAAUAUUUAAUAGAAAAUGCAAAUAAAUAUAACAAUCAAUAUAUUAUAUCAAGAAAUUGUAGUGCAACUAUUAAUGAUCAUUUAAUAAAAAAUCAUGAGAUGAAGAAUAAUUAUAUGGAUAACUAUGAAAUUAAUAAUAAUUACAUAAAUAAUUAUCAUAUGGGUGCUCAUCCUAAUAAUUCGAUUAACGCAUUCAACAACUUGGAUGACGUUGAAAGGAAUAAUAACAUGGAGGUAACAAACUUGGUUGUAGAAAAUAUCCAAAGGAGACACAUGAAUGAUGUGAAUAACAUGAACGGUAUAAAUAACAUGAACGGUAUAAAUAAUAUGAACGGUAUAAAUAAUAUGAACGGCAUACAUAACAUGAACGGCAUACAUGACAUAAACGGCAUACAUAACAUGAACGGUAUACAUGACAUAAACGGCAUACAUAAUAUAAACGGCAUACAUAAUAUAAACGGCAUACAUAAUAUAAACGGCAUACAUAACAUGAAUAAUAAUAAUUUACUUUUACAAAAUAUAAAAGGAGGUCAACUUUUUGAUAGUGUUGAUAACAAUAUGUAUAAUAAUACAUCUAAUCCUAACAAUGAUUACAUGUGUGAUGGGGUCGAUGUUUCUAAUAUGAACGAAAGAGAAAUUAUGAACACAGAAGAGAACAUAAUACUUAAAUAUAAGAAAAUUCAUAAAAAUAAUUUGAUGCAUGACAACCAUAUGAUGAAUGGGAAGGAAGGUACAUCAAAAAAAAACAUUAGUAACAUAAUAAAUAAUAAUGUAAUAUUAAAUAACUGUUCAAACAAGGUGUCUAAUAAUGAUUUCGAUGAUGAAAAGGACGCAUAUUUACAACAUGAGUGGAAUAAUGAAGAGAUCAUAUUAAAUAAUUAUAAUGAUAAUAUGGAUAAUAGUCGAUGUAAAAAUAAACAUAAUGAACCUUAUCCAGAUAAAAGUUGUGAUGGCGAUGAUAUUAUUAAUUCUGACUUUUCGUAUAACAAAAAUAUGUAUACUAUAAAGGAAAACCAUAUAAAUUAUAUGAACAGAAAAAGUGAGAACAUAUAUGAAAAUAUGAGAAUAACAAAUGUGAAGAAAAAUAUGAGUUCGAUAGAAAAAAUGGAUGAAAAAUUAAUUUUCCCAAAUGGUUGUAGUAGUAGUAGUAGUAAUAAUAAUAAUAAUAAUGAGAACAAUAAUAAUAAUGAUAACAAUAAUAAUGAUGAUAAUAAUAAUGAUGAUGAUAAUAAUAAUGAUGAUGAUAAUUAUAACAAUGGUAGUUUUUUUAGUGAUGAUAUCCAAUAUAAUAUAAAAAAAAAGUUAGAGAGAAACAAUAUUGAGAUUAAUAAAAACUAUGUACAUUUACACAACAUGAAAUAUAGGAAUAGAGAAAAUCAUAUGGAUAUUAUGGAUAAUAUGGAUAAUUAUAAUGAGAACGCUAAUAUACUAGAAAUUUAUAAUAUAAAUAAUACAAUGUCGGAAAGUAAUAAAUAUAUGAACAAUGAUAGUAUAGGAUAUAAUAGUACAAAAAAUUCUCAUGAGAGUUAUUCAUAUAAUAAAUAUGUUAACAAAGUAGAUGAUAAGAAUAAUGUGACUACACAAGAGGGUAAAAAUAAUAUAAACGAGCAAAAAGUAUAUAGGAAUGAAGAAAAGAUGUACUUAUGUGUAGAUCAUAAAAUAAAUGAAGAAAGAGUUGGUAAAGAUGUUAGUAACCAAAUUAGUGAUAGGAUAAAGGAAAAAAUGAGUGACAAUAUGAGUGAUAAAAUAAAGAAUAGAUUAUUAUAUGAUGAGAAUUUUGAAAAUAAUAGUGAUCCUACAUACUUUUUUGACGAUUAUAACAAAUCGGUUGCUUCCUCUUUAGAAAAAUAUAAUUAUUUGAAUUAUAUGGAAAAUACAAAAAAUAAUUGUAUGGUAAAUAACAACUUGGAUAUAUAUGAAUUUUCUUGUAAAAGUGAAGGCGGAUUAUCAAAUGACAUAUACAACAAUGAAAAAGAUAUACUGGAUACGAGAAGAAAGGGUUCUUUUAAUAGUAAUACGGAAGGUGAUCAAAUGAAUUAUGAAUAUGAUGAUAAUAAGGUUCAUGAUAAUAAGCAUGAUGAUAAUAAGCAUGAUGAUAAUAAGAAUGAUGAUAAUAAAAAUGAUGAUAAUAAAGAUGGUGAUAAUAAAAAUGGCGAUAAUAAUAACAAACAUAGUGUUAAGAGUUAUAAUCCUUUAACUUACAGUUUUAGUGGUUUAUGUGAAUGUUUGAGUAAACAAGAUAAAAUUUAA